GUGCGGUCUUGUGUUCCUGUCACUUCUGUCGCCCUUUGGUUUCAGGACUGCUCAUCUCACAGGGCCAGCCAAGCCCCUAGAGCACUCAGCCAUCAUGAAUUGCGAGGAUGUCACCACCGGGUUCCGCCAUGCCAGGGUGUUAAUGUUCAUCAACGAACAAAUGGCCAAGCACUCCAGAGGCCCGGAGUUCUACCUCGAGAACCUGACCCUGUCCUGGGAGGAGGUGGAGGAAAAGCUCAAUGUCCUCCUGGACGGUACCGAGGUGCCUCGGGAUGUUCAGGAAGCCUGUGCCUGGAGCAGCCUGGCCCUGGGGGUUCGCUUCGCUUUCAGGCAGGGCCAGUUGCAGGGGCGCAGAGUGCAGUGGCUGCACGACUUCGCCAGCCUGCACAGGUCAGCGGCGCAUGCCCUGGCAUUGGACCUGAAGAAGCUCACCGACCAGCACGAGAUAGAACGCAAGGAGGCGGCCUACCAGCUUCUUUUGGCCCACACUAAACUCGCAGAGGUGCAGAGAGAGCGAGACCUGAUGAGACUGAAGCUACUACACGCAAGAUUUGCCACCCAUAUGAGAGUUGUGCGAGACUACAGAGGAUGCCAGCACCAGGUACAAGCAAGAAUGUCUACAAUUAUACAGCCUCUUAACAGAAAUCGUCCCUAGUCCCCAGAGGGCAGAACCAGAGACAGAUCUGAACAGGAAACUUCUGCCAACUGCUCCAAGUCCUCAGGUAGAAGGAAGGCGAAGGACUGUAUCUGAUCCGGACUGAGACACAACUGGAAGAGUCCUAUCUCCCAGAGACUGUGAACCUGGAGAAUACGAAGCUGUUGUGGCCCAUGGGACACCUGUAGCAUCAGAAAUGUGACUUCGGGUUGUCUGUUAUUGGUGAGGAUACAGCUGCCUCCAGGAUUGCAGGCCAGAUCCCUGUCCUGCAAUUUUUUGAACACUCUUUGGGCUUGCUUAUCUCCCUCUACUGCAGGGUUUCCUAACCUCAUUGCACUUGACAUCUGGAUUCGGAUAGUUCUUUGCUGUGGGGUAGGAAGUCCUGUGUACUGUAGGCAGUGCGGCAAAACCAGAGUUGGGAACAACUAAGUUGGAAAUUGAAGGCCUUAGCAGUGUGGACAAAAACUCAAAUAGCCAAGGUCACAGAGGCUGAAGCUGGCAAAAGAAAAAAACAAAAACCACAGUUCUUUAAGACUGGUGUUUACUUUGGAUCUUCAAGAAGUUAGGGUGGUGGCAGAGUAGAAACCAAACGGUCAGGACUGAGGGGAACCUCUACCCUCUACAACAGUAGUUUCAACCUUUAAUGUUUCAUCUCAUGUGGUGGUGACCCCCAACCAUAAAAUUACCUUCACUGACUGGUACUUCAUAUCAUACUAUGAUGAAUUAUAAUGUAAAUACCUGUGUCUCCCAAAGGUCUUAGGUGACCCCUGUGAAAGGCUUGUUUGACCUCCAUAGGGGUCACAGCCCACAGGCUGAGAACUGCAGCUUUACAAGAACUCUAGGCUGCAAAGGGAAGGAGUACAGGAAGCGCCAUGGAUCCUACAGUGUUAGUUUGUCAGCUAGCCAACAUGCUUGGCAAACUAGAUUGGAUAAAAUCUCGAACAUGGCGUUUAAACUCUGAUAAAGGCAGUAAGAGUUAAGGUUAGGUACUUUUUGAGCAAUUUCCUCAAAGAUAAAACAUUGCAACCUGCAGGAAAGCUCAUGAAGACUCAGUAGUAGAAACGAGCCAUUAAAGGAGAAUGCUUUAAAUGAAAGAAACAAGAAAAAAGAUGGUCUUAUAUAGUGGAUGGGAGGACUAGCCAAUAGUAUUAGAAGGAAAACAACACGAUGAAAGGGACCAUUGUUUUGUGUAAGAUAAAAACACUUAAAGUUCUUAGGUAUGUGCAUGUAUGCUCUAUGUAAAUAUGUUACAAAUUUAUGUCUAUAAAAUCUGUAUUUCAGUAAGCAUUGAAAAGAUAUGGAAAAGAUAUUUAGUGAACAGGCAGGGAACAGAAGGCAGUGUGGUAUGGGGGGUAUAGAACAGAAUACAGCCAAGUUUGAAUAAAAGGUUUUUCUUUAUGUACUUCUGUGUUUUGAAAGUAAUAAGGUGUUUACAAAAAUAAAAGUUAUUUACCCACUUGA